AUGGAGACAUCCUCGUGUAGCUCAGCCAAACUCGAAGUGGCCGAUUUCGUCUUCUGGAAAGAGACACUUGGUCGGGAUCUGCGGAUACUGAUGGAAGGCGCGGAGUAUGACUACAUCACACAGCAAGCGGCUCUCGAUACAAUGAGCCGCUAUGUGGCCCCUUGUCUGGGCCCAUGUCCCUUGGUGGGGACAGCUGACAAAGAGAGGCCCUGUCCGACACGAUGGAAAAGUUUCAUGACGGACGAUUUCUCUCCAGUGGAAUACAGCUGGAGCUGGGAGAAGGCCACUCCCAUGAUCCGCUACAGCUUUGAGCCCAUCGGGCGGUACGCUGGCACGUCGCCAGAUCCCUACAAUCGGACAGCACCGAUAGAAUGCGUGCAGCAGCUACGAAGGACAAUCCUUCCGGCCGCCGAUUGGCAUUGGUUUGACCAUUUUGCCCAAGCCUUUCAAGGACCGACGCCUCUGCCGGGCGAGGAGUCACCCUCCUCUGAUUGUCAAGCAAAGUCCAGCCCCUCAACAAUCUUCCUGGCUUUCAACCUAGAGAAGCACGGGCACAGAUGUAAAUCCUACCACGUUCUACAUUCAAACGGCGAGCAGCUGGGCUGCUCACGGCUUGACGUUCUGCAGCAGGCCUGCCGGAUUCUGCAGCAGCACCAUCAGUUUCCGGCCUAUGACUGGAUCGAGCGAUUUCUGCGACGGCAGGAGCAGUCGCCCACUCCACCAUGCAUCAUUGGGGUAGCCGUUGACUGUGUGCAUCCCUCCGUGGCCAACCUCAAGGUGUACUUCCGAUCCUGUGCCACCAGUUUCAACAGUGUACAGGAGACUCUCUCGAUGGGAGGCGCAUCGCCAGGCUGGGAUACUCAGGCCUUUGAGGAGCUCCGAGAAUUGUGGCAUCUUACGUUGGGGCUGCCCAAGGAUUUCCCUCAAGACCAGCCUUUGCGAUCGAGACAUCAUGAGACAUCAGGUGUGCUGUACAAUUUCGGCUUCAAGCAAGGCCAACAGUACCCCGAUACCAAGGUGUACAUUCCGGUGCGGCACUACGCACGCAGUGACCGAGCCAUUGUUCAGGGUCUAGUCGCGUUCCUGGCAUGUCGGGGCCGAGGCCAGCAGGCUGAUCGCUUCGUGCAAACUCUCGAGGAACUAGUCCAGCCCUUCCGUACUCUUGACCAGGCGUGCGGCUUGCAAACUUAUAUUGCCUGUGGCAAUAAGGACGGUCGGCUUAAUCUGACGUCUUAUGUGUCUCCAGAAAUCUAUUAUCCUGGACGGUGGUCCAGACAGCUGUGCAAGCGAGGCGCCGAGGACGGUCUUAUUUGUCAGUGCAAUCUCUGCGCAGCACAAAUUCAUUGA